GAUUCCCCCGAUUUAUUUAAGUGAAUUACUCGCCGGCUUUAAAUGCGCUGCUUAUUUCUAUGCCCCCAGCAUUGACCCGACAGCUGUGAAAGAAAGUGAAAGUACCUAGUAGUGUUUUGUGCAGACAGACUUAAACCUUGAGAAAACGGAUUUAAGCUGUGAGCUAAGCGUUUAAACCAGGCCACCAUUUUCAAGAGCUAAUUAAUGAUGGCCACCACCAUGGUAACCAAAACAGCUUUAUUCGCCAUCUUGCUGUUCUACAUGUGCAGCAUCUCAGCCGAAGCUGGGCCUGCUGCAGCGGGAGUUUGCUAUGCAGGAUGCGCAGCUGUCGCAGUGGCUUGUUUUGCAGCUGCUGGAUUUACUUUCGGAACUGUUCCAGGGGCUGUUAUCGUAGCUACGCCAGCAUUAGCUGCUUGUAACUCGGCUUUUGGAGUAUGUGAAGCUGCCUGUAUGGCUGCUUUGUUUAUGCCAACACCUUAAAAAUUUGAAUACCUACCUAUUUGUAUUUGUAUUUAUGUAAUGAAUUAAUCACAAUUGAAUUGUCAAUCUUGAGGAAUAAAUACAUCUAUUAUUGUAUUAUCUACUUGUU